AUGACGCAUUUCGACUGUGAUCUUGACGAGGCCUCCUUUGUUAUUCGUUCCGAUGGAAAACUCUUCCACGUCUAUGUCCGAGCAGAGGACUUGGCGAACUGGCCUGAAAAGGCAGAGUUUCUGCGACUGAUCGAAGAAGCACCAGAAGACGAUGACGCUGACGAAGAUCUGUACACUCUCAUUUCAGAUGCUUGCAUUGCCAUGUUACGCGCUCACCAUUCGCUCUCGACCGAUCCACGCCAAUUUUCUCUUCAACAAUUCUACGUGCCCGAGACACUUUACUUUAAGUUGGUGGAAGAUGCGGGCAGCCUCACAUACUUACCUUGGAUUAAAGAUCGUCCUGAUCCCGUGGGAUUGAUUCCUCAGAUUCACUUGAGCAACAUUCCAGAAUCCUCAGAAAUCCCUCAUGUGGCCGCCUCGAUGACUAGAAUCUUACCGACAUGCGGCUCGGACGUCGACGACGUCCUAUCGGACACUCCAGGCUCCGUCCUCGUGGCCGGAGAUACUGCCUGUUACCAUUUCAAGGCAGUACAGGACCACGCGUCAUUUCUUCGAGAGUUCAAGAUACUACAACAAAUCAAGCACAGUCGCUUACAUCAAAAAUACCGGCUCCCAUCUAUCUACGGCCUUGUCCAUUACACCAACGAGCCACACAAGAUUCUAGGAGUAUUGAUGGAAUGCACAGAUCAUCAGGGUACGCUGGCAGACUAUAUUGGCACGGGCAGAAUCACGCAUUCACUGAGGCAGACAUGGGAGAGCCAGAUUCUAAAUACGGUGCUUGCGUUACAUCAUCAUGGAAUCAUUUGGGGAGAUGUGAAGCCUGACAACGUCUUAAUUGACAGCAUGAAAAAUACGUGGUUCGUUGACUUUGACGGAGGCUUCAACUCAGCGUACGUAGACGAAGAUCUUAUCGAGACGGUCGAAGGGGACUUAGAGGGAGUGUCGAGAAUAAUGGGUAAGUGA